GUAGUUCUCUCGGGUGGCGUCAAAUCGGAGGGCCGUGUUUGCCGGUUCAGGGCCAGGAUGUAAGGUGUGGUUUUCUAGCUUUUGACAAAGCGGAAACACUUCGGGUUCUUGGACCGGCUGGAGUCUUCGUUUCGUUGAUCAGAGUCUGUUUUUUAAAAAGCGGCCGCCGCCCAUUCGUCUUUGUGUGUAUCGGGAAGCCGUGGAGCUGGUGGUAGCGACAAGUUGACUUUAGGGCUUUGGCGAGGGUCGUUUCCAGGAAGUUACCGGCCAGAGGAAACACUUCCCCACCCCGCCACCUAACAGGUUACAAACAUGUCAGACAAAAGUGAAUUAAAAGCUGAGCUGGAGCGUAAGAAGCAGCGGUUGGCCCAGAUCAGAGAAGAGAAGAAGAGAAAAGAAGAGGAAAGGAAAAAAAAAGAAACUGAUCAGAAGAAGGAAGCUGUUGUUUCUGUGCAGGAAGAAUCUGAUCUUGAAAAAAAAAGAAGAGAAGCUGAAGCAUUGCUUCAGAGCAUGGGGCUGACGACAGAAUCCCCUGUUGUUUUUUCUGAAUACUGGGUCCCUCCUCCUAUGUCUCCAUCCUCCAAAUCUGUGAGCACACCAAGCGAAGCUGGAAGCCAAGAUUCUGGAGAUGGCGCUGUGGGAUCUAGGACGCUGCAUUGGGAUACAGAUCCAUCAGUUCUUCAGCUUCACUCAGAUUCCGAUUUGGGACGAGGACCUAUUAAACUUGGAAUGGCCAAAAUUACUCAAGUUGACUUUCCUCCUCGGGAAAUCGUCACAUACACAAAGGAGACUCAGACUCCAGUUAUGGCUCAACCCAAAGAAGAUGAAGAGGAAGAAGAUGAUGUAGUGACUCCUAAACCUCCUCUUGAACCCGAAGAAGAGAAAACUUUAAAAAAAGAUGAAGAAAUUGACAGUAAAGCUCCUCCUCAUGAGCUAACUGAAGAAGAAAAGCAACAAAUUUUACACUCAGAGGAAUUUUUAAGUUUCUUUGACCAUUCUACAAGAAUUGUAGAAAGGGCUCUUUCUGAACAGAUUAACAUCUUCUUUGACUACAGUGGGAGAGAUUUGGAAGACAAAGAAGGGGAGAUUCAAGCAGGUGCUAAACUAUCAUUAAAUCGACAAUUCUUUGAUGAGCGCUGGUCAAAGCAUCGAGUUGUUAGUUGUUUGGAUUGGUCAUCUCAGUAUCCAGAGUUACUUGUAGCUUCCUAUAAUAACAAUGAAGAUGCUCCUCAUGAGCCUGAUGGUGUGGCCCUUGUAUGGAAUAUGAAGUACAAAAAGACUACCCCAGAGUACGUGUUCCACUGUCAGUCAGCUGUAAUGUCUGCUACAUUUGCAAAAUUUCAUCCAAAUCUUGUCGUUGGUGGUACAUACUCAGGCCAAAUUGUGCUUUGGGAUAAUCGUAGCAAUAAAAGAACUCCAGUGCAAAGAACUCCACUGUCAGCUGCUGCACACACACACCCUGUCUAUUGUGUAAAUGUUGUUGGGACACAAAAUGCUCAUAAUCUGAUUAGCAUCUCUACUGAUGGAAAAAUUUGCUCCUGGAGUUUGGACAUGCUUUCCCACCCACAGGAUAGCAUGGAAUUGGUUCAUAAACAGUCAAAGGCAGUGGCCGUGACAUCUAUGUCCUUCCCCGUUGGAGAUGUCAACAACUUCGUUGUGGGAAGUGAAGAAGGUUCUGUGUACACAGCAUGCCGCCAUGGCAGCAAAGCUGGAAUCAGUGAGAUGUUUGAGGGGCAUCAAGGACCCAUCACCGGCAUCCAUUGUCAUGCAGCUGUUGGAGCAGUAGACUUCUCACAUCUUUUUGUCACUUCAUCAUUUGACUGGACAGUAAAACUUUGGACAACUAAGAAUAACAAGCCUUUAUACUCAUUUGAAGAUAAUUCAGACUAUGUUUAUGAUGUUAUGUGGUCACCCACCCACCCAGCCCUGUUUGCCUGUGUGGAUGGCAUGGGGAGACUGGAUUUGUGGAAUCUCAAUAAUGAUACAGAGGUACCAACCGCCAGCAUUUCUGUGGAGGGCAACCCUGCUCUUAAUCGUGUAAGAUGGACCCAUUCUGGAAGAGAGAUUGCUGUGGGUGAUUCUGAAGGACAGAUUGUCAUAUAUGAUGUGGGAGAGCAGAUUGCUGUUCCCCGCAAUGAUGAAUGGGCACGAUUUGGCAGGACACUUGCAGAAAUUAAUGCAAACCGAGCUGACGCAGAGGAAGAAGCUGCCACCCGAAUACCUGCCUAGCUCCUAAAAAGUGGGACGGAGCCUUAGUGAACUUGGGAAAGACGCUUAAGUAGAUCCUAAAACUAUUUGCAUGCUUCUGAUUGAAUGAGAACUAAAAGGAAAUUUCAUGGAUUAAGCUGUGGGUUUAAUGCAGUAAGCAAAUCUUACAAUGACCGUUUUAUAUUCUAUGCAUUUUGUUUUGGAUUGAUACCAUUUUUAAUACAGCUGAAAACUUUACAGAAUGCAGCCUUUUUCUGAAUUCCAAUACACAGGUGUAUAUUGUUAAUUGUUCUUUUGAAUUCUUUUCAACUUACAGUACUAUAUAGUUAUUUCUAAAGCACAGAUUAAAUAAGUUCUGCAUAUUUUUAAACAAUCACAAUUCCUUGGUAUACAAUAUAAUACAUAAUUCCUUGUCAACAAUGUUCUCACUAACCAUAAUAUAUAGGCACAUUGUUUUUAGUUAUAGCAUGCAUAUACCUACCUGUCUGUUUCAGUUUAACAUUCUUGUUCUUUUAUAGUUCUGUGGUAGUUAACUAUAAAUAAAAACAAUUAUGUGUUAACUUUUCAAA